GAGGAGUAGCUGUGAGUAUGGGACAGCUUGAUCCGUCUGUUGGGUCUUGUCCUGUGUCUUCUACGUUCUCUUUGUAUCUGAAGAGUAACGCGAGGUGUUGCAAUCUUUACGCCCCUGCCUCCCUCCUAGACAGUGCUGCUGAUGUGAACACCCCUUUCUGUAAUUUGGAUUGUUUUGUUUUGGGUACAGAACGAUGUUGUACUUUUACUUCUCAACUUUUGGGUUAAUAUUUUGGGUUAUUCAAGUAUCAUCGUAACACAAAGCAAGAUGUGAUAUCAGGAACCUGACUUUCAGUUCUAACUCCAAGGGGUGGAACAAAAUGGCUGAAAGCAAAGCCAAAUCAGUAAGAGGAGCGGCUAAGAGUGGCCGGGCAAAAGUGAAAGAAGCCAAAUGUCACAUGUCUGAUUCAAAUGGCACUGAUGGGGGAGCUGCUGCACUGCAAGAUCUCAGUGCCCUCGAAGAGGCCUUUAGGAAAUUUGCCAUUCAUGGAGACACACGAGCCACGGGUAGAGAUAUGAAUGGCAAAAAUUGGUCAAAAUUAUGUAAAGACUGCAACAUCAUAGAUGGGAAGAACGUGACGAUCACAGAUGUUGACAUUGUGUUUUCCAAAGUCAAGCCAAAAUCUUUUAGGACUAUCAACUUUGAUCAAUUUAAAGAUGCUCUUCAAGAACUUGCGCAGAAGAGAUUUAAAGGAAAGAAUGAGGAGGAAGCAAUCCAAGAGAUUCACAAGUUGAUUGAAGGAAACUCCCCUCUAAUAUCAGGGGUCACGAAAACUGUACUUUCUCCCACACUGACUCGACUUACCGACACCUCAAAAUUUACCGGUUCUCACAAGGAACGGUUUGAUCAGAGCGGGAAAGGCCGAGGAAGAGCAGGCAGAGAAUACCUGGUUCAUGAUACUGGCUACGUGGUGGGAUACAAACAUGCAGGAACGUAUGACCAGAAAGUAAAAGGAACAAAGCAUAAUUAAUUUUUCUUUUAAACAAAGGCAGCAUUUCCACUGCGAAUGUUUUUAACUCCCAAGAUGAUCUUGCCUGAAAGAAUCAAAAGUAGGAACCAUUCAUUGCUCAUUUCAACUUAUCUCCAGUUGGCUAGGAAAAUCGUCUCACUUGUUUCAGACAGCUUGUAAAAUGGAACAAGUCAUUUCUACCUUCAGCUGUAAAGAUAGCACCUCCUCUCACCACCUAUGUGGAUAAUUCUGAAAAUCUUUUAUCCCUUUACAAUGACUCUCACUGAACAAGUAUAUUUAACACUGAAAGGCAUGAGUAUCCUAUUAAGAUGCCCAAUCUUCUAAUGGAUGCCUCCAGAUAAUAGUGUCACAAGGAAUAAGGCCAUUUCAUCUUGAUGAAUUCUAUCGCUUUAGGCGAUUUGCAACAAUGUCCUUGUUGACAAUUGGAACUUCUGCUAUUGCUCGAAAUAGAAUUUGUUGGGACAGUGCAAAGUACUUCGACCUUUUACUAAAUGCCCGUUGAAAAGUGCUACAAAAACAAUGGAAUGGAGUAGCCUCUUGUGAUCAGAAAAGCAGAUUUUGAAAGGAUGGAAACGUGGAAGAGCAACAGAAGUGUUGGUCUCCACGAAUCUAGUGCAGAGAUUUAUCCUCUUGCUUGCCAUGCAAGAUUAAUUUCAAAACUGGAUGUUCAGGAUGGACAGGGAGAUGUUAUCAUGGUCAUUGAAUUCACGGUCAUUGAAUAGCUUUCUCUGAAGGGAAAAUGCAGAGAUCAUUGAAGAGAAUACUGCUGAGAACUCAUCUGCAGUCAUCACAUUAUCAACACAUGGUUCUCUAAUAUUUAAUGAUUGUGUCCCUUAAUGAUGUGAUUGAUGGAAAGGACAUGGAAUUCUUUCACUGAGGUGCCACAAAAGAAAUAUACUUAACCCCCCCAUAAAACCUUCAUUAAGAUCUACUAUGACAAGAAUUUCCAUUGUUUGCAUCGAGCAGGAUUGGAACCAGCGCUGUAGGAAGUGCAAUUGAAAUGCAUAGACCCCAGAAAAAAGAAAUGAAGAACUUUGUAGUCAGUAAUGAUUCCUAAGAUGAAGUAUUGGAUGAGAAUGGGCACUGUGAAGAUUAAAAUCAGUCCAGAGUUGAGUGAAAGUAAUGAGGGGGUACAGAUGAUUCACUCACAUUCUGUAUAUCGUAAUACUUGGGAUAAGAGAUUUUCAGUAGUUUUAAUGAUUCUCAGACAUUGAAAUGUUUGAGAUGAAAAGUUGGAGACUGAUGCUACUGCAUCUUUGCAUAUGUGAAAAUGUUCAAGUCCAUGGAAAUUGUGGAAAAAAUAGAUGAUCAUGUUUCCAAACAACUAAUAUUCUGUUGUGCAACAGACUCGCGAAUUACAUACAAGAAGUAUAUUUUUCCUUUGCCCUUGGCCUAUUUAGUUCUUUAGAUGAUAUCAAGAACCUAAAAUUAUUAUACUGAACUUGGUUUUAAUUCUGCUUCUAUGAAUUCUGCCAUCCAUCAACCUGAGAUUCUCUCAAAAGGAGUAGAACUAUUGUGUAAAAAUUGGCAGUGGGCCUUACUGACCUUAAAUGAGGAAUUGCAAAUGGGUACGUGGUCACCUUCUAUGUUCCUGGCACACUGAAACAUCAUUUCAUUCCACUUUUUUUUGCUUAGGGGUAAACCUACAUUCAGUUCUUAAGCUGUUAUAUUUUUCCUUGGAGUUUCUCAGUAAAUUGCAUCCUUUUGCACGCUUCUGAAGAUUGAUUCUGCACUUUAUAGAAUAGUCCUGCUGUUGGAGAAAUGAAUGAAACUUUCAGCUGUGCCCCCAAUGAAUUCUUUGUUUCUGAUACCUCCCCGGUGCACAAGUUGACUGCAGUUGGUUAUCGAGGUGUCAAGAACAAUGUGCAUGGAUUAAUGCAUAUAAGAAAUUUUAAAUAAGGUUGUGUUGAGGAAACAAGGUAGUAAUUAAUGUAACCUAAGUCAGUUAAAGUUGAACAGCAAUUCAGUGCUGUACUUUGUGAACUGCUCAUGAGACAAAUAGGACAAAUUGCAUCCUUUAGCAGAUGGAAUGAGUACUAUCAGUGCACAAGGUUCACAAGAGCCAACUGCACAUUCCAUUACUAAUGUGGGGACAGCUCUUGACUUAACCACUCAUGACAUUUUAAUAUGCCAAAGAAUGUAAUGCUUCAUUUUGCAAUCCCCAAAUGUUUAAUUUUUUAAAAAUGGAGUGCAAUGUUUUUGCUAAAAUAUUAGAUACUUUCUUUUAAGCCUUCUCAUCUUAUUUCUGUUUAGGUUGUUGAUUCCAGUCCCAUUUUCUCCAGCAUCCUAUUUUACUUGGAAUCACCUCUUCGCAGAAGAAGACGAAUCAGUGGGUUUCAUAAGUGGUACUUUGUUUUUCAGUCCAUUGUCUCAUGGUGCAAGAGCAGGCCAGCACUGACUUGUCAAUACAAGUCUUAAUACCUGGUUGGAAUUGUUCCACUCUGAUUGAGUAAAUAUCGCUGCAGUUGUUUAAUGGUACUGCGGAAAUUCAGCAUUCAAAGGAAAAAAGGAUGAGCUGUAGCAGAAAUAAAUAGUUCCAGAUUUGUUUUGUCAUGUUGUAAAAGGCUUCAAAUAGUUGUGGUAGUUCAUGUAGAAAAUAAAUACCUCAAAUGUUAUAAAAAUAUCUGAUUUAGAGACCUGCUGUGCACUAUAACUGCAUCAAAUAUCCAAACUGUGAUAAACUACAAUUCCUUAUUGUUCUGGUAAGAUGGACUUAUCAUUAAUGACACCCCAAAAAUACAAUGGGCAGGAUCAUGCUUAUUGUGGUCCAAUCACUGGGUUUACCACAUCCUUCUGCACAAUCCCCAUUGCCAAACUAACUUCCCAUGGCACAAGGAAAGCCUCAGUGCUGCAGCUGGUCUGCGAGCAGCCGCUAGGUCUUGGCUGGUGGAUCCUGAUGGCUUUCAGACAACUUGUAGUUUUGGGCACUCUUCAACUCUUUCUAAAUACAAAUGAUAAUCAGAGGCAUUUAUAAAAGCUUAGAUUUAAAUAAUUAAAUAAAUAAUUUUAUUUAAAUGUGCAUUUAACUGAUAAGUUAACUCAAUGAUAUUAAUUAAAUGAACAAUAAUGAAUUACAAAAAUGAACAAAAUAAAAAAAAAACACAUCUUUUUCAUGUAGGUGCAACUGGGCUUCACCUCUGGAGGUGGUGCUGCGUCCAGAAACAGAGUGGGAGGUCAAAUGCACUGGCUGCAGUGCACAAGUGUAGCAGUCAGGAACGCACUGACCCAAAGCUGUUCUCUUCAGAACAGCCAGAUGAAGAGGAGCAUGAUCCAGGCCAAUAAUGUUUUCCCUUAACAUCAAAAUGUAUAUAAAUAGAUAGUCCCCAUUGUGCAAUUUAUUACAGGAUACAAUUUCUACUUCACAGAUACAGCUGAUUGCUGCUGCUUCAAUACAAACUAAGGUAAGUAGGGCAUAUGCAUUGAGCUGAGACUGCUGCUCUUCUGAAUUUGGGACAGAUUUUGCAAUUGACCUAAUUUGCACUGUAGAGACACUGAGAUUUUAAGUUCCUGCUUUAUUACCAUUCCAUAUUCUGAAAUUAAUUUUUGAUGGAAGAAAAUGUCAUUAGAAGUCUUUAAUUGGAUGUAAUGGCUGAAAACAUUGGUCGUAAUCUUCCCAAGGCCUAGCAUUUUUAAUCAACAUUUUAUCCUUUGUUCACUAAACUGUAAGUGAAAAGAUGCACAGUCUUAAGGCCACGAGGGUUUGAAGCAAGCUAUGCAUAUAUUAAGUAGUUCUUUCCAUAGUUUUCCAUUCUUUUUUCUGCUUUGCUAGCUCCAUCUGUAUCAUCAGAAACUGCCAAAUAUUGUCACUAAGUGCAUUUGAAACUCAGACUAAAUUUUGUAAGCAUAGUUAUGGAAUAAAAUUUCAUUUAUAAAACUA